AUGGUUUCCUUUUCUUCUUCCGACACUCUACAGUCCAGCGACAAAAGAGAUGACCUUCCUCUUCCCUUACCCACCCUCAGCAGCACACCCGUCCAACAUCCGGACUGCUGCCUUGGACUGUCCACGGCGCUACUGGACACCAUCCUCCAUAUCUUCCACGCAUAUUCCCAACCAGCGAAUCCUCGAGAAUCAACCAAGGACCGCGUAAGAUGUCUAUCGAUAGGUUCCGGUACAGGUCUCUUCGAAGCUACUCUCAUCACGUCAAGCGCCAGAAACCGCCACUCAUUCGACCUGGACCUCCUUGGCCUCGAAGUCGCAUCUUCCACCACGGCGAACAAGUACCUCCCACACGAACUACGAUGUACCGUACCCUCGACGUCGUCUCUCUACGAUGAGGCGUCAGAGUUUGACGUGUGGAUAUUCGUAUACCCUCGAGAUCCAAACUUAGCGAAGAAGUAUCUCGACCUUGCCGCCUGCGAGCGGUCAAAGAAUCCCAGACUGGUCCUUUUCUUGGGACCCAAGGCCGAUUUUCUCCCGGGCCAUGAAACACAAGACGAACCUCAACAGCAGACGUUCCCUGACGUUCUCGGAUCCGUCUCGGAUCAUCUCGAUGUAUGUCGGAACCUCAUGGAUCAAGAAGACGAUGCUGGCCCGCAAGAUCUAGACUUGAGUUCUCGAUGUUCAGGAGCAUGCACUUGCAAGAGCAACAACAACAAGAGUCGGCCUUUCCAUGCUACUAUUCUCUCGUCUCCUACUAUAGGAAUUACUUCGUACGAGACCUUAUGCGUUCUUUACCGAUGUUCACGGGUAAAAUGA